AUGGGCACACUCAAGGGAGUGGUGAUCGAGCAUCAGGCCAUCGCGACGAGUAGUCUGGGUCACGGCGAAGCGCUUGGGUUCACGCAAGAUACUCGAGCCCUCCAGUUCACAUCUUACACAUUCGACGCCUGUAUAGCAGAGAUGUGGACCACUCUUAUACAUGUCGGAUUUACAUGUGUCCCUUCAGAGCGUGAUCGGCACAAUAGUCUGUCUGAAGCCAUUCGCAGGAUAAGUGCAACCUGGGCCUUUCUUACACCGACUGUUGCACGUCUCCUAGACCGUCAUGAGAUUUCCCCUCUCUCUACACUUGCACUGGGUGGCGAAGUGUCCCGCUCUACGGACUGGGACAUUUGGGAAGGUCGUGUUAGACUGAUAAACGGUUAUAGGCCUACGGAAUGUUGUGUCUUCAGCAAUGCGUGUUUGGAUGUAAAUGCGUCACGAUCUGGAGUUAUUGGGAAAUCGAUCGCGUCAGUCAGCUGGGUGGUAGAUCCUAAUGACCACCAUAGGCUGGCCACUCUAGGCUCAGUAGGCGAGCUGCUUGUCGAAGGACCGAUCCUGGCGCGCGGCUACCUCGAUUAUAUGGAGAAGACGGCGGCAGCAUUCGUCUGCGACCCUGCUUGGUUGCUAGAGAUAGGGCGGCGAGGCCGACUGUACGAGACGGGUCACCUGGUUCGCUACAACGCGGAUGGCGGCCUGGUGUACGUGGGCCGCAAGGACGGGCAGGUUAAGAUACGCGGGCAGCGGGUAGAGCUAGGAGAGAUUGAGCACCACGUGCGCGAGUGUAUUCCAACAGUCGAACAGAUGGUAAUUAUGCCAGGAAACAAGAAGGAAAAGGCGGUGGUGGCCGUGUUCGUGCAGCAGGAUAACGUCUCGACCGAAGGCGGGUUGGCGGCCCGCGCCUUUUUCCCUACAAAGGUAGAUGAACAGCUUAGCGAGCGGCUACCCAGCUAUAUGGUGCCUGGGGUGUACAUUGAAUCGGCAAAGCUUCCAACAACAACCUCUGGCAAGACAGACAGGUGGCGGCUGCGCGAGAUAGGGGCGUCCUUCUCGGCGCAGCAAUUGGCCGAGCUGCGCACGCAGAGCCAGGGACCCAAGCGGCAGCCAACAACAGCGAUGGAGCAGGCGCUGCAGCAGUUAUGGGGACAGGUGCUAGGCAUCGAUUCGCAUACCAUCGGGUUAGACGACAGCUUCUCCCGCCUAGGCGGCGACUCAAUUGCAGCCAUGAAGCUAGUAGUUGAGGCCCGCAAGCAAUGCAUCCAAUUCACCGCUGCGAUGGUUUUCCGGGCUUCAAUACUGCAUGAUCUCGCCAUUCUUUCCCCGCAUUCCUCUACUACUGCUUUCGAGCCUCUUGCGAAUUUUUCUUUACUUUCGUCCAGUCUAUACAAGGCUACAGUCUCCAGCGGAAUGCAAUGUCGACCUUUCGUAGCCUUGGAUCGCGUUGAGGACAUACGGCCUGUCUCGUUCGUUCAGGAACAUUAUAUUUCUGACGGGCAACGGAAUUUCGUGCUGCCUUCAACUACAUCUAUAUGGAUUUGA